AUGUCAAAUUGGCUUGUACAUGUGUGGUCCUUUCAGACUUACACAGCGUGUUUCCCAAACCCUGAUGAGCAACAGCCCAAGUGCCCGGCCUUUCAAGAUAUUAAUCCUUUCCUUCAAAAUAAAUUUGAGUACACGCACUUUAAUCAUACACAUGAACUCCUUGAAUUGGUAAAACCAACCCUGAUGAUACCGGUGAUGCACGGAGGAAAGUACACUUAUGUCAAAUCUAACAGAAAGCGCACUUGUCAAUCUGCAUAA